AUGUCUGUGUCUGGCUUCGGCCAGCAAAGAGUUAAGUCGAGGGGCGUGGAGCUGCCUUCCUCUUGGGGGUGUGCCUCCCUCCCCCGCUAGGCGGCUCGGCCUCCCGCGGUAGGGUAUGGCCCAGGGUCCGAGCCCGGGACCCGUGGUCCCACGCACUGGCCAGUGAAAGACGCCUUCCUCUUCCCGCCCUCUUCUUUCCCUUGCCGGCCAGCACCAUGGGAUGUAAUAUGUGCGUGGUCCAGAAACCGGAGGAGCAGUACAAAGUGAUGCUUCAGGUGAACGGGAAGGAGCUCUCCAAGCUGUCUCAGGAGCAAACCCUAGAGGCCCUGCGUGCCUCCAAAGAACCCCUGGUGAUCCAGGUGCUGAGACGCAGCCCCCGUCUGCGGGGGGACAGCUCCUGCCAUGACCUUCAGCUGGUGGACAGUGGCACUCAGACCGACAUCACCUUCGAGCAUAUCAUGGCACUGGGCAAGCUGCGCCCGCCCACCCCACCCAUGGGCAUCUUGGAGCCGUACGUCCUCUCUGAGCUCCCCCCCAUCAGCCAUGAGUAUUAUGAUCCAGCGGAGUUCAUGGAGGGCGGCCCGCAGGAGGCAGAGCGAAUGGACGAGCUGGAGUAUGAGGAGGUGGAGCUGUGUAAAAACAGCCACCAAGACAAGCUGGGCCUGAUGGUGUGCUACCGCACAGAUGAUGAGGAGGACCUGGGCAUCUACGUUGGAGAGGUAAAUCCCAACAGCAUUGCAGCCAAAGACGGGCGGAUCCGUGAGGGAGACCGAAUCAUCCAGAUUAACGGAAUGGAUGUCCAGAACCGAGAGGAGGCAGUGGCUAUCCUGAGCCAGGAGGAGAACACCAACAUCUCCCUGCUGGUGGCCCGGCCUGAGAGCCAGCUAGCAAAGCGGUGGAAAGACAGUGACAGAGAUGACUUCCUAGAUGACUUUGGGUCUGAGAAUGAAGGGGACCUUAGUUCCCAGAAGCUGAAGUCACCCCCUGCCCAGCAGACUGGAAAUGAUGAAAAGGGGGCUCCUGAUGGGGGCCCAGGCUUGAGCAACAGCCAGGAGCUGGACAGCGGUGUUGGCCGGACUGAUGAGAGUACCCGCAAUGAAGAGAGCUCUGAACAUGACCUGCUGGGUGAUGAGCCCCCUAGCACCACCAACACUCCUGGAAGUCUGCGCAAGUUUGGCCUGCAAGGGGAUGCCCUGCAGAGCAGGGAUUUCCACUUCAGCAUGGACUCUCUGCUGGCCGAGGGGGCAGGACUGGGAGGGGCUGACCUGCCUGGGCUCACUGAUGAGGAGUAUGAACGAUACCGGGAAUUGCUGGAGAUCAAGUGCCACCUGGAGAAUGGCAACCAGCUAGGCAUCUUCUUCUCCCGGGCCUCCAGUGGCAAUAGUGCCCUGGAUGUCAACCGCAAUGAAAGCCUAGGCCAUGAGAUGGCCAUGCUGGAGGAGGAGCUUCGACACCUAGAGUUCAAGUGCCGCAACAUUUUGCGGGCACAGAAGAUGCAGCAGUUGCGGGAGCGCUGUAUGAAGGCCUGGCUGCUGGAGGAGGAGAGCCUCUAUGACCUAGCAGCCAGUGAGCCCAAAAAGCAUGAACUGUCUGAUAUCUCUGAGCUGCCAGAGAAAUCAGACAAGGAUAGCACCAGUGCCUACAACACUGGGGAGAGCUGCCGUAGCACUCCAUUGCUUGUGGAGCCUCUGCCUGAGAUGCCUCUGAAGCGAUCUGCUGCUGGCAAUUCCAACUUGAACCGAACCCCUUCUGGCCCUCCUGUCACCACCCACCCCAAGGGGGCUCCUUCACCAGGAAGCCCUGCCAAGUUCCGAUCACUCUCUCGGGAUCCUGAGGUGGGCCGUAGACAGCACACAGAGGAGCGUGUCCGCCGCAGCACCAAGACAGGUGUUCCUCUGGAGCGUGUAGGCCCCGAAGGCAGCCCUUAUCUCUCCAGGCGUCAUCGUGGCCAGGAGAGUGAGCACUACCACAGCUGUAUGCAGUUGGCUCCACCACGCACCCUGGAGGAUCUGGGCCAUGGCUCCUUGAGCUUGGCUAGUGGUCCUCGGGUGGGUGGGGUGGUGGCUGCAGCUGUUGAAGCACCCCGAAUGGAGUGGAAAGUGAAGGUUCGAAGUGAUGGAACCCGCUAUGUGGCUAAGCGUCCUGUGCGAGAUCGGCUGCUGAAGGCUAGGGCCCUGAAGAUCCGGGAGGAGCGCAGCGGCAUGACCACUGAUGAUGAUGCAGUAAGUGAAAUGAAGAUGGGCCGUUACUGGAGCAAGGAAGAGAGGAAGCAGCACCUGAUCCGAGCACGGGAGCAACGGAAGCGGCGUGAGUUCAUGAUGCAGAGCCGCCUGGAGUGUCUAAGGGAGCAACAGAAUGGUGACAGCAAGCCUGAGCUCAACAUCAUCGCACUGAGCCACCGUAAGACCAUGAAGAAGCGAAACAAGAAGAUCCUGGACAACUGGAUCACAAUCCAAGAGAUGCUGGCCCAUGGUGCCCGCUCAGCUGAUGGAAAAAGGAUCUACAACCCUCUGCUCUCUGUUACCACUGUCUGAGCUGCCCCAGCAGAAGCCCAGCCCAGGUCUAGAAAGCCUAACCCUCACCCUCCCUUAGAAUCUAGUAUGUGUCUAUGUGUGUGCUUGUACGCUGUGCUCAUGUACACUCCUGUAUUUGUAUGUGUGCACAGACCUUUGGUAAUAGAAAGCUCCUAGAAGGGACACUUCUCUCCCACCACCUAUUUCCUUUUCCCCAAGAAGCUAUGCCAACAGCCAGCAUAGAGGGCAUACCCAUAAAGGGCAACUGUGUGUUUGUGCGUAUUUGUAUACAUACACAGUGCUCUUGGUGUGUUCUUGGAGACAGGGAAGUCAGUGCAGAGAGAGGUGUGGUAGACUAUCCUAAGCACAAGAGAAUGUCCAGCUUCUUGCUGAGCACAGCCUCUCCCCACCCCUGGAAGCUGCAGUUAUUUGUAGAAAAAAGGCAACCCUAAAUUUUGUGGUUUUUCUCCUUUUCUGUGCUUGCCAAUAGUUGUUUUCUGUUUUGUGGACCUGCUCUAGGGGUAGGCAGAUCCUUCAGGCAGCCUGACAAAGGUGGACCCCACCAAAUGCUGGCUGGGAAGGAGGUUGGGGGGAGGA